AUGGAAAAAUUCUCCCAGUUUCGCGACCGAGGCUCCGGCAUCGCACCCUUCCUUCCUGUCCCACUCCAACCCGUACCUGGCUGCUGUCCGCUGCCAAUACGCGCUUUGUUAUUUAGCAUACGCCUCCCGUUCUUCAUAUUCGCAUGUGUGAGCUACUUCCUCGUCCUGAAAUGGCUCCCGAUCGGAUCGUUGGGCAAAAAGGCGGCUCUGUGGUGUAUACUGGGGAUACCCAGCAUAUGGUGGGUUGACCUUCAGGUAGACGGCGUACGGAAGGGCCACCUCUCACGACAACGAUCUCGUCUCCCUGGCCGGGAAUCUGUCAUUGCGGCCUCGUUUACCUCCCCCAUUGAUGCGCUCUAUCUCGCCGCGAUAUUUGACCCCAUUUUCACUGCGUCUUAUCCCACCACCCGGGAAGUAGAGCAAAUAUCGCUCCUGUCGGCGAUUUUGCGCGCGUUUGCCUCGCCUCAGCUCCACCCUCCACCCGGCGCAAAGACCAUAAGUCUCUCCGCGCUAGAGCGCAAAUAUCGCGGCCGCCCUAUUGUCGCGUUCGCGGAAUGUACAACCACCAACGGCCGCGGCAUUCUCCCGCUGUCCCCGGCAUUAGCCAACAUUUCGUCAAAGACGAAGAUCUUCCCUGUGUCCUUGCGCUACCAGCCCGAAGAUGUAGUCACCCCGCUACCAGGCUGCUAUCUGAGCUUCAUCUGGGCUCUCUUGAGCAAACCAACGCACUACAUUCGCGUGCGAAUCGCCGAACCCGUCAGGAUCGGCGGUGAAGGCGGCGCCGGUCGCCAACCUGGAAUCAAGGAGAAAAUGAAGGAUUCGACAUACAAUACUAAUUUUUUUGAUGUGUUGGAUGAGGUAAGUGGCUCCAAGGGUGGAGCGGUUUCGUCGAAGGAUAUGCCAGAGGUUGACCUUAGCCCUGCUGAGAAGAACCUCCUGGAUACCGUCGCGGACUCGCUGGCGAGAUUAGGCAGGGGGAAACGAGUUGGACUGAAUGUUGCGGACAAGCUGGCUUUUAUCAGGGUGUGGGGGGCAGAUACGACAUGGUAG